AAAUAAACCAAAAUAAAAAUGUCGCAACAAUUGUUGAUAAUGGGCUGCAAACAAUUUAUGUAUGCAGCUCAAUCCCAAAAGGAAGCCCAACUAAUUAUAAAUCGUCAGAUUUGGUCAAAGGAGCUUGAAAUUUUUAUUUGGUACUUCAACCUUUAACUAAUUAUACGAAAAUCCAAAACAUUACUUUAUUAGAAGCUUUUAGUCCCUCAUUGUGCAAGCUUAGCAUCUCUUCCGUCCACCCCCGUUCCUCAUCGCCGCAACGCCGUCUAUUCUGCGCCUACGCCGCCGCCGCCCGCCGGCAACUCUCUCAGUUUACUAUACCCUCUAUUACCGUCAUUUUAUUCUCCGUUAUUGGCAUCUAUUAGGCUCUAAGAUGCCGUUAAAUCUUUUAUCCCCCGAGCUAACAUCAAUCGCAGCCGUCCGUUUCUCUUCCGUACCUUAGAUAUCUUCUGCAUUUGGUGGAUCAUCAGAAACCUUUCGAUUUUCUCGUUUCGAAAGCUUCGAUAAUGAAGCCAAGAACCAGUGAAGUGCCUAGGGGAUCAAGAAAUUUCCAGGAGGGGAGCUCAAACUGGAUCUUAAUUUCCGGGGGUGCUUUGCUGAGUGCAUUGUCAAUUCGCCUCGGUUAUAAGCUUAAGCAGGCCGUUGAUACCAAACAAUCCGAUAAUAGUAACCGAAGUUUAAAAGGAUCGAAGAACAUGGCAGAAAUCAAAGAGCAACACCAUACGAAAACGACAACAGAGCCUAGUAUAGCUCGUCCUCUCGUGACUGAGUUCAACAAAGAACAUACAAGCAGCUCCGAUUCACCAUGCGUUUCAGAAUCUGGUUCCGACAUUUUCGGCAAACCGGAGGUCAUACAGAAGCUGAGGCAACAGUUGAAGAGAAGAGACGAUAUGAUUCUUGAAAUGCAGUACCAAAUUGCUGAGCUUCGGAAUUCCAUUAGCUUUCAGCUUUCGCAUUCUUCCCAUCUUCAAUCUCUGCUCGAUUCCGCAAACCGGGAUUUGUUUGAUUCUGAAACGGAAAUUCAGAGAUUGAGAAAGGCAAUUGCAGAUCACUGUGUUGGAUACGAAACGUCCAGUUCGGCUCCUGUUUGGCUGGGCGAAGUCGAAGGAAAUUUGGAGUCGUCGGAUAAAAAAAGAGACGAGGAAAAGAUUGAAAUGCUGAAGAGAGAAGUCAAUGAACUGAAGGAAUUGAUCGAGGGGAAAGACUACUUGCUGAAAAUUUACAAAGAGCAGAAAUUCGAGCUGUCAAUGAAGAUAAACGAGUUGCAGCAGAGACUCGAUUCUCAGCUUCUGAACAUUUUGUAGGCAGAUUCGACUUCUUGUUCAUUCUUCACUUUAAUCUUCUUCUUUUUUGUUUAAAAAUAUAGUUUGAAGUUGCCGAUUUUGAGAAAUUUUAGUUCUCGUAAAACUCGUUUCCACUCACUGAUUACGAGAUAUCCGAGUAAACAUGAUUUUGAGAGUUUUUGAUUGUAGUUGUAGACAAAUGAAACAGGUUUCAUUCACUUCUAUUUUAUUUUUAUGUUCUAUAUU